UUCGAGACCGCCUGCCGGGGCCGCUGGGUGGAGUGCAUUUGUCAAACCUGUACAUUUUUCUUAAAAAUUAUUGAAUCGUAUACUACGUUAUUGAACAACGUACAUGUAAAUAGCAAUACUUUUAGCAUGACAUAAUAUUCCUGGUGAUCUUAUUGACACACACGGAAUGGUUGCUGACUGGACAUCAGCUAGCUAGCUAGCUAACGUUAGCUAACUAGUUUGACGCUAUGACAGGCUCCUGAACUGUGUAAACUCAGUCUACACACCAAGAACUCUUCAUGAUGCAAAAGACGCAAAUAGAAAACGACAACCUUUCCACACAUUUCGACAGUGUUGGAUCAGACUGUGAGCUUGAGGAUGACCUCCCCUUCUGCUUUAGCUGUGAGGAGUGGUUUCCAGACAGGAUGUGGUUAGAGGAACACUGGUGUCCAGCUGUAAAGUACAUCUGCACCUGUGGAACCGAGUUCUCUUUGUACAUGGACAUGUUGAAACACAGCUCCAACCAUGAACCAGGUCAUUCCAUGCUGGAUCAUUCCACCAUAAAGAAGCGCAGGAUGGAAAUGAUGAAACAGAAAGAAAGGCAGGUUAGAUGGUUUAAACCAGUGCAUAUAAAUUCUCCUUCUAAGCCCCUGAGUUCUCCAAUUGUAUCAACGGUUGACCUCUGGCCUCUGUAUCAGCCAGUGGUGCUGUUGAAGACUCUGCGGUGUUUUGAUAAGGAAAAACCCUUCCAGUGUGCCAACUGCGAGGAGGGCUUUACAUCGAAGAACAAUCUGAUCAGGCACCACACUGUUCACAAUAAAAGGCGAGUUCUAGCCUGUGUGCUUUGUGGUGAGCUUCUGCCCAUCAGUAAAUCAGUGCCAGUACCCCAUAUAUGUCACUCAUCCUCCACAGCCCUCAUGGCCAGGAUUACAUCUGCCCCAAAGGCCAGAAGCACAACUGCUCCAGUGGUCAGAAAAACAACAGCUUCUACCGCCCUCAGUAUCACAACUGCACUGAAUGACAAGGUGUUUAAGAUGGAUGUGGGUGAAGAGCAUCCUAUUGGUAUACCUGAGGGAGCACAGACAUAUACCCUUUCAAAGCACCGAGUGUGUGAGAAGACAAUGCUUGAGACGCCUGGGAAGGAGUGCUUCAGAUGUAGAUUGUGUCAAUUACCAUUUCAUACUGCUCAUUUGCUUCAGAGACACGAGUGUGAAAAAGCUUCAGGUUAUGUUGAACGGCUGGCGUUGAUGCCAAAAAAUCGCAGGAGAGUAAAGCAUUCUCCAAGCCCCUACACUCAAAACACUGCUGACAGAGAGCUUCAAGUCAAUAUCCAAGCUUCCAGAGGUAUUCAGAGGUACCACAACAAGGCAGUUGGGCCUGACUUAACGUUAAAGGGGCCUGCUGUUACAAUAAAAACAGAAUGUGAUUCAGACGAUGACUGUUAUGUGAUAGAAAGCUCUUCUUCUAAACCAACUCAGCUGUUAAAAAUGACGUACGCUUCAACCCUUUCCCAGUAAGAGAUAAACAUUAACAAUAAACAAUUCCUAAUUUGCAGACACCACAUUUACACAAAUGAUUAAUGGUCAUAGAAGACUGUCUUGUAAUGUGCUACACAGCAAGGUUAGGUUACAUGUCGUUUGUUUAAAUGUCGUGCCCUGAAUUUGUUACACAUUCCUUUAAAAGGACAUAGGUUUGCACUAUCAAUGAGGUCUGCAUGAUUAAGAUAAAUACGUCAAUGAAUGGAUUUAUGACUGAUUUAAUUAUUUUUGCAAAGUAACUCUGCAAAAUGGACAGUUUGAGCAUUGUUCACAUGCUGCCUUGCUGUUUGUAUAUGUGUUUUUUUGCAGUUAUUUUUAAAUCGUUAUUUCAUUGUCUAAAUUAAAGAGAAUAUUUCCCUCUGCUGGUCGUGUCCUAAUAAAUUGGGUUGUCUUU